UUUGGAAUGCGGUGUUGCGUUCGCGCACCUAUACAAGCAGCCAGUCAUUUUAUAUCUUCGCAACUAGGCUGUGGUAGCCGCGGAACUUUACAAACUUUGAUAAAAAAAUGUGUGUUUGACGACGAUUUCUGUGUGUUGAUUGUAAAUAAGUGCUUUAUUGUGUACAAAAGUGAAAGAAAUUUGUGUUAUGAAGUUAAGUUGACGCAGCUACAAAGGAACUUCGGGUGUAUCGCUUAUUUGCCUGAUGGCGGGGUCGGGGGGGUCUGGGCAGCUGGAGUGGGCGGAGGGCGCGGCGGUGUGGUUCCAGCCGCCGGGCGCGCCCGCCCCGCUGCCCGGUGACCUGAUCGAGGUGCACCGCGCCGCCCGUGUGCUCCUUGUCAGCGCUCUCGUCAAUGGACAGCCCCAGACAUUCGCUCUCCAGAUGGGCAAUGGGGAAGAAGAGGGCGACCCCGUAUGGCCGCGCGAGGAGCUGGGCCCCACAGGAGUGGAAGACAUGACGCGCCUCCAUGACCUCCACGAAGCUGCAUUACUCUGGAACUUGAAACUGAGAUACGAACAGGGUCUGAUUUAUACAUACGCCGGGUCCAUAUUGGUAGCUGUCAAUCCCUACAGACCUGUUGAUUCGUUGUAUGGUCUGCAGACUGCUAGAAGAUAUCACGCGGCGGAAGCACUAGGCGACCUGCCACCUCACCUGUUCGCGAUCGCCGCCGCCGCCCGGUCGUCUCUACCGCACCCGCAAGCUAUUUUGAUAUCUGGGGAGUCGGGUGCCGGGAAGACGGAAUCCACCAAACUAGCAGUGCAAUUUCUAGCCGCGGUCGCACCCGCGCCACUGGGCAGAGCUCCCGUCUCCGAACAGAUAUUAGAGGCGGCACCAUUGCUGGAAGCGUUCGGAAACGCGAGGACACCAAAAAACCAUAACUCUAGUCGUUUCGGAAAACUUUUAGAACUAUAUUUCAAAGAUGGCGCCUUAGCCGGCGCGAGAGUAGCACAUUAUCUUCUAGAAAAGUCGAGAAUAGUCACCCAAUCGCCGGGCGAAAGAAAUUAUCAUGUAUUUUAUGAGCUGCUAGCGGGAUUGGAUGAAGAACAGAGACGUACGAGAGGUUUACUGACAGCGGAGCAUUAUUUCUAUUUAAAUCAAGGCGGUGACUCUGGAGGCGCCGGUGCGGGAGCCGAUUGGUCCGCUCUGUGUGGAGCUAUGCAAGUGCUUGGCAUUGGUGACGCAGAAAGAGAAGACAUUAUAAGAGUAUUGGCCGCAGUUCUUCACUUAGGAAAUGUGUACUUCCACAGAAGACAAUUGCGUCAUGGGCAAGAAGGAGUUCAGUUAGGAGGCGGGGCUGAGGUGCGCUGGGCAGCACAUUUGUUGAAGGUGCCCGCAGAGGCACUAGCUCGCGCCUUAACAACGAGGGUAACGGCCGCCCGAGCAGAGCGCAUGAGGUCACCUUUACCGAUAGACCAGGCCUUAGACGCCAGGGACGCCUUCGCCAAAGCGCUUUAUUCUUCCCUUUUCAACUGGCUUGUAUUAAGAAUAAACUCGAUAGUCCACCGCUCGGGUCUACACGAUGCUCAUCGGAUAUCUCUCCUCGAUAUCUUCGGAUUCGAAGACUUGGAAGAGAAUUCCUUCGAACAACUUUGUAUUAAUUACGCGAACGAAACGCUCCAGCAUUAUUUCAAUAAGCAUAUUUUCAAACUGGAACAACAGGAGUAUCAGAAGGAGCGAUUGGAAUGGUCCAAUCUGACUUGGAACGAUAAUUCUCCGGUGAUCCAGCUUCUGAGUAAGAAACCAGUAGGCAUCCUGCACCUGCUGGACGACGAGAGUAACUUCCCGCGCGCCUCAGACGCCUCGUUCCUGGAAAAAUGUCACUAUAACCACGCCUUAAAUGAAUUGUACUCAAGACCUAGAUUAGGAGCUAACGAGUUCGGCAUUAAGCACUACGCGGGUCAAGUGUGGUACAACGUGGAGGGUUUUUUGGACAAGAAUCGCGAUGCGUUGCGCGGGGACGUGCUGGAGCUGCUAUGCAGCAGCGAUGUACCGCUAGUCGCCGAAAUGUCGGGCCAGCUGCGCGCGCAACAUGACAACAACAAGACAUUGCCCCGCGGCGCUAAUGGACGCUUUGUUACUAUGAAGCCAAGGACACCGACUGUAGCAGCUAGGUUCUCAGACAGCCUGCACCAGCUGCUAGAGUCAAUGACGCGCUGCAAUCCGUGGUUCGUGCGCUGCAUCAAACCGAACACGGAUAAGUCGCCGAUGAAGUUCGAGCUGCCGUGCGUACUGGCUCAGCUGCGGUACACUGGGAUGCUGGACACCAUCAAGAUACGUCAGACCGGGUACCCUAUACGGAUACCUUUCCAGAACUUCGUUGACAGAUAUAGGUACUUAUUGAAGACGAAUCCGCCUCGUGCGACGCCGUACCGAGAAAUAUGCAACUCCAUUCUUGCUGAGAUGCCACCUACAGGCGCUGCCGGUGCGGACUACCAGUUGGGCGCGGCGCGUGUGUUUGUACGUGAGGCGCUGCACCGCGCGUUGGAGCGAGCGCGCGCCGACAAGCUGCGAGCCGCCGCUACCACGCUACAAGCCUACAUCAGAGGAUACCUGGCUAGAAAACGUUACAACCAGUUGCGCGCGUCGACCGUCCGCAUCCAGUCGUGGUGGCGCGGGUCACGUGACCGGCGGAGGUACGUGCGCGCGCGCCGCGGCGUGGUGCGUGCGCAGGCGCUGGUGCGCGCGCGCAGGGCGAGGCGUCGUGUCGCCGCGCUGAAGGAACAGAGAGAUGCGCAGAGACGUCGCCAGGAGGAGCACCAGGCGGCCGCCAAACGUCGUGCGGCGGAGCAGAAGGCGAAGGCGGAGAGCCUGCAGGUGCUGGAAGUACCGGCUGAGCUCGCCUUUAUAUUGUCCAAGAUAGAGGAGACACAACCCCUACAUACAGAGAAGAAUAUUACCAAGGUAUCAGGUGAUGUAUUCGCGGAGGAAGAGCGCAUCCAGUUGCCCAAAGAUCUGCAGCAGUUCGCGUUCUCUAAGUUCAGCUCGGUGUACUUCGCGGACGGCGGCCAGCUCAGCCCCAAGAAGCAGCCCAUCACCAAACCUUUCCUCUCUAAAGCUGCAGUCAGAGAUCAAGACUUCAACGAUGCGAUCGCUAUAUUCAAAUUAAUCCUGCGUUGGUGUGACGAGUCUGCUGCAGGAGACGACACACGGCAAAAGGUGUUGGCGGAUUACAUAGCAUCCCGCGGGAUAGCGUCGCGUGGUCUGCGGGACGAGAUCCUGGUGCAGUUGGCCAACCAGGCGGCGGCGGGGGGCGCGCACAGCGACCGCGUCUGGAAACUCGUCGCCCACUGCCUCGCCUCCUUCCAGCCCGGCCCCGCCCUGCACAAGUACCUAUUGAGGUUGAUAUCGGAGUCGACUAGCGGACGUCAGCGCAGCCGGCUGCUGCGGCUGGCUGGGGGCGCAGAGGCGGCGCAGGCGCGGGCCGCGGGCGUGGCUCGUCGGGCCCCGCCCACUGCGUUAGAGUGGCGCGCCGGAGACAACGCCAUGCCUGCCCUGCCGCUGCGGUUGUACGAUGAUACCUUAAGGCAUGUCAGCGUGGACGCGUGGACAACGUGCGAGCGUGCGGCGGCCGCCGCGCUGGCCGCCGCUGGACACCAGCGCGGCCUCACCGGCUGGUCGCUCACCAUGGAGCAUAACGGACAGCUCACAGAGUGGGCGGGGUGCGAGUUUGCGCUGGACGCGGUGGGCGAGGUGGAGGCGUGGCCGGGUGGACGCACUGAGCCGCUGCGUGCCUCAACCUCACGCACUGCGCCCGCGCCGCCCCCGCGCGCCUCCUCCGUAGACACAGAGCGAGCUGUCCGACCGCAGGUGCCGCCACCGGAACCACCCAAAUCCCGCUCUCCGAGCAUCCAACGAUUGCUAGAAGAUUCCAUUGACGAAUCUGAAUACAAUUGGAAGAUGGAACAGGAGGAGUCUCAUACCAUUAACAAGCAUAACAAUGAAUAUUCUAGAAAGAUAUCGCACGACAUUCUGUCCAGAGAUUCGGCCUUGAACGAGCGAUACUUCGAGCAGCAAUCGGAUAAGGUUCGCAGCAGAUCGCUGGACAACUUGCUGGGCGAGAGCAACCCCGCGCCGCCGCCGACGAAGCUGGCCGACCUGGGCUUGUCUCAGUCGCGGCUGAACGACCGCUAUCACUCGGUGGAGCGGCUGGGCGGCGCGCCCAGUGUGGCCAGCAGCAAGGGCGCCAUGGAGAUGGAGUACGGCACGGGCUCCCGGGCGGUGCCCUCGCGAUACAUCAAGUCGCAGUACGCCGGCAAGCGCGCGCCCGCCGGCUCACAGUCAAGUCGAGCUUAUAUUGAGAAGAGCUCGGAAUUCGGAGGCGUUAGGUCAUCAGCAAUGUCGGACACAUCUGAAGCGCCAAGUCUAGCGUCCCACGUGCGGCGAGUGCGCGUGCCGAGCCAGGCGUCCGACGUGGACCAAUUCCUCGACGACCUUUUCUCGCCCGUACUCGACCCCAACAUUGACGAGAUGUCGGACGCGCGCUCCCUCGCCGCCAGCAUCAAAGGCGGCCGCAAGUACAACGACUUCAUCGACGACAUACUCACCUGCAAUUACAAUGAGAGGAUAGAUAGUCUUCACAAUGACAAACAAAUCGACCGUUUGAUCAAAGGUGGCGGGAAAGGCGAAAAGGGGAAGUCGAGCAGGAAGGAAUCGAGCGUCGAUUCCGUCGACGACUACAUCACAAACCUGUUUGAUCCGAUAUUCAUGAACGAUAGUCUGAAGCGACUUACCGAUGGGGAACAACUCUCAGGUGCCAUAAAAGGAGGCGGAACGACGCCCAGAGGAGCGUCUGCGACCACAUCCGCUAUCAACUAUGGAGCACUUUCACUGCCUCCGUCGAUGCCCGCCAUGCCGGCUACUCCCGAGGCCUUAGCGGCAGCCUUAGGCUUACAUUUGCCGCCUCCGGGUACGGUCGACAUAAACGCGUACCAUCAAAAUUUACAACGUGCGUUUCUCCAAAACGCCAUGGCACAGAAUCUUCAAAUUCAACAGCAGCUGCUAGCACAGAACCAAGCCCUGCAGACGCUCCUUGCCGGACAAGUCGCGGAACCCUCCGAUUCGGUCCCGACAUCUCCCGUGCGUUCGUCGACUGUUGUCCACGCCCAGGUACAUUCACCUCCUAGAAAUGCGGUUAAAACGAGACGAGAGUCGAACGAGAGCUCCUCCACCGGGGCACCUCCCCCGCCACCUCCGCCCAUGCCUCCUCCGCUGCACGACAUCGACCCCUCGGAGGUGAGACCUUUUUUGGACCCGUACGGCCGAGCGAAGACCGUUAGGAUUGGGAAAUGGAGAUGGCCGCCACCGAAAGAUGCGGUCAACCCGGAGACACCCCAAGAUUUUACAAAAUUUAAGAUGCGACAAAUUCAGAGACGUCAUACUCCGCAAGCGCAAACUAAUGGAAUGGUCGAGCACGAACCCCCUCGCGGCAGGUCGCGGUCCGAGGCCUCGCCCAGCAUUGAGUGGGAGGAGUUUGAAGUGGACGGACAAAAUAUCUCUCCGAGCAGAGAACCACCGUCUCAGAGAACGGCCAGAAGGAGCUUUGAAAUAGGAGCGCAGCGACCCUCCCCCGGCAGCGUGGGCAAAUUGAAGCUCAGCUCUGAAAUGAGGCAAAGACUCGAACGCGUCACCGCCAACCAUUCUGUUCGUAGCACCUCCUCCGCAGCCGAGACGCCUCGAACUAUUAACAAGCUGGAGGAUACCAGAAAGCUCAUGUUGGAGCGACAGCUGGGCGGAGGUAGAUGGGACGCUCCUCCGCCUCCAUUACCUCCCGCUCCGCCGGGCCCCGCACCUCCUCCCCCAAUGUCACCCCCCACCCCGCCGGACAGACCCGCGCCACCUCCUCCGGCUCCGGAUGCAUCAUUCGCCCAGUUGCGUCGCGACCGUGACACCUUCGGUGUUCAUCAGAACAGGGAAGCUGACGAUCGCAACGCUUUCUUAGCCAACUGGAGCUCGCGAAGAAAAGACGAGACCGAUUCAAACCAGGGUGACGAUUUAGCAUCUCGGUUUCUCACCGCCGACCGGCGGGAGCGCCGCGUCAGCGAUUGGGGCGACGAGUCCGACGCGAGAGGAUACAGCGAGGAGAGGCAGCAGCACGGCAGGGACGAAUGGGAUUCGGAGUCAGGCUUAGACACCACGGACAGGCGAGACUUGCGGGACAGUUAUUCAGGGCGUGAGGCGUCUGAAAUAUACGAGAUUCACCCGACAAGAGCUGAAAGGAGAAAAGAAGAAAGCGAACUGGCGGCUACUUUCGAGCGUAAACGGUCAUCUUCAUAUUUUGAUGAGUUCGAUCGUUUCGAUGGACGAAAGAAUUCCAGGGACAUGCUAGUCGGACGCAUGAGGGACAGUCCACGAUCUGACGUCGUGUUUCCUCCGGAGAAUACUGAAACGUCGAGAAGGCCGGAGAGGGCGACGUUUAAAACUCACAUGGCGCAGAAAGAGAGAGAAAGAAAGAUUGAAGCUGAAAGAAGGCAAUCCGUUUCGACCCACGUCACCGACAGAACGGAACACAUCGAACGUGACGUACCGGCCCCCGCUGCCUUCCUUCCGUCGGACCGCGCCUUUUUAACGUACACGCGAGUACCGUGGAAACUGCGCGUGCGCAAAGAAGUAUUUACGCCUCUAGAGACUUACAGCGAGCCAAACAUUUUGGAUUUACUUUAUGCACAGAUCGUCAGCGAUAUAACAUCGAACAUGGCGUCGCUGCGUAUCAGCGCGUCGGAACGUCGCGCGGGGCAGGCGUGGCUGCGCGCGCAAGGCGUGUCUGGGGGCGGGGCGCCGGCGCGUGCGCACAUCAAGCGCGCCUGCGUCGAGAUGGCGCGCGGGUGGCCCUUCUACUUCGCGAGGCUGUUCUCCGCACGUCUGCCGCCUGGAGAGAGCGCCGUGCUGGCUGUCACACACGCCGCUGUUGUGAUCGGGGUUAAAGGUCCAUCUGGGCUGACAGUACGACGCACGCUGUCACUGGGCGGUCUGCGCGCGUCUGCCCCCGCGCCCGGCACGCUGCAGCUGACGCCCGCACGUGACUCGCCGCUCACGCUGCACGCGCCGCUCGCUCACCAUGCACACGCCCUUAUCGUUGAGUUUGCAUUGCAGUAUACGCAGAUACAACCAAAGCCUAUGACAAAUGGCAUCACAACUAAAGAGCGUAUAAUAGAACGAGACAGCAGAGAAACAAGGGACAUACGAGAAUCCAGAGAGUCAAGGGAAUCGAGGGAUUCAAGAGACAUACGAGAGAUCCGUGAAUCGAGGGAUGAAACGGAACAUAUGGAAAGAAGAGCACAGACAAACUCGCCUGUACCCCGUGAGAGGGAAAGAGACAGAGAUAGGGAGAGAGAAAGAGAACGUGACAGAGAAAGAGAACGAGAUAUAAGGGAAGAAAGAAGAGAUCAAACGACACCACAACACGACGGCAGACAUCCUCUACUCCAGUUCGCAGUCGACCAUUUCAGACAGAGUCCAGAAUUAGAAAUAUUGAAAGCCGAUUCAUCACUGAAGAGUAAAGCGAAACGGAACGAAUGGACAUGGAAGGCGCAGACGGACGUCGUGAAGUGGCAGGCGGGUCCGCUGCGGGCGCCACUGUUGCGUCUGCCCACCGCACUAGCGCCCCCCGCGCUCGAGUGCUUCACCUGCGUGCGCGCAUACUGCGGAGACCUGCAGCCCGCAGAACGCGCACAACACCAUGACCUCACUGAGGUCAAGUGCGUCUACACUGUGCUUAUGCACUGCCACUCGGUCCCGGAACUGCGUGACGAGGUGUACUGCCAACUAAUGAAGCAGACGACGUCCAAUCGCUCAGCCGCGCCCGACUCCUGCCAGCGCGCCUGGCGACUCAUGUCCAUACUGGCAGCAUACUUCACAUGCUCAGAUACUCUCCGACCGUUCCUGGUGGAGUACCUGUCAGCAGCAGCAGCAGACCGGCGGAGACCAUGCCAGGGCACCGCCUCAGUCUGCCUAGCAAAUCUGAGGAAGACGCUGCGGUGCGGCGGCAGGAAGAACGUGCCCAGCGUUGAAGAGGUGACGGCGGUGUCAGCGGGGCGGUCAGCGCGGCGGCAGCUGUACCGGUUGCCGGGCGGCGCCGAGCGCGUCGUGAACACGCGCUGCGCCACCGUCGUACAGGACAUCGUCAACGAACUCUGCGAACUGAUCGGUGUGAGCAGCGAGGCGGAGCGCGCGGAGUUCUCCCUGUACUGCAUAGUGGCGGGUGACGCGCUCACCAUGCCGCUGGCGGGCGACGAGUACGUGCUGGACGUCACCACCGAGCUGCAGCGCGCCCAUCAUCCCUUCUACCUCAUCUUCUGCCGCUCCGUGUGGCAUCACCCUCUGCGGCACGACGCGCCACCCCUCUAUACUGAGGUCCUCUUCAACCAGGUAGCACCAGACUACCUAGAAGGUCUCCUCCUGGUGCUGCCGAACGGCGGUGCGCCUCCUUCACCAGUGUUGCGUGAUGCUGCGCUGGUGGCGGCGCUGCUGCACCGCGCGGCGGGUCUGCCCGAGGCUCCCACACCACGAGACCUGCGCUUCUUGCUGCCCAAGCCGCUGCUGGCGCUGCGCGACCCUCGACCCGCCAAGUGGGCCUCCUGGGUCGCUGCAGAAUGGCCCCCAGUCAGGACACUCGCCCCGCCCGCCGCCAAGUCUAAAGUACUACAGGUGUUGUCCCGCUGGCCACUGUUCGGAUCAUCGUUCUUCGCUGUGCGGCGCGUGUCUGGAGGUGGAGGUGGUGGAGGCGGUGCUGGUGCUGGUGCUGGUGCUGGUGGUGAGUGGCGCGAGCACGUGCUGGCGCUGAACCGGCGCGGCGUGCACCUGCUGCACCCCGCCACACACGAGACCGACACACACUGGCCCUACGCUGAACUCAUCUCCACCAGGAAGGUGCGGUCAGAAGACGGCACACUGUUCCUGGACGUGAAGUGCGGGUCCCUGCUGCAGCAGCGCGUGACGCGGCUGCAGGCGGAGCAGGCGCACGAGGUGGCGCGUCUCGUGCGACAGUACGUCGCCCUGCAGAGAGACACCGCUCACUCGCCAGGUUUCAGCGCCUGAGUACGUGAGCUGACUUAAAUAUUGGGAAAAAUGAAUAUUCAAAACGCAAUUGUUUUGACUUUGAGGAAUUGAAUGAUAUAACUUAUCCGUCCAAUUUACGAUCUGAUAAAUGUAUUUUACUAUUACUAAUACAAAGAGUGAAGUUAGGAACAAAAUCUUACUACAAAUUUUUUUUUAGUCUAUGUCAAAGCAACUAAAAUAUCUAGAAGACUUAUUUAAACCAGAUAUUUUACAUAUCCUAAAGUUUCUGAUCUUACCGUGGGUUUCUGAAAACAAAAUCUCUGUAUAAAACAUAUCGUCAUCUCAAACAUUAUCUUUGACAAACAGAUAACAAUAUGAUUUAAACGGGAAUUUUGGUCUCAGAAACCCACGGUUAAUACAUAGUAUCUAUAAAACUCUCGAAUUGGGUUAAAAUAUUUAAGGAACUUAUAUGGCACUAACUUCACUCUUACGAUUAAAAUGAGAAUAGGAUUUAUAAAAUUAUACAUAUAGUACUCUUAUAUCUUAGUUAUUAGACUCUUCUAUUUUCAUUUUAGUCAUUUUUAUUAUAUACCUACUUAUAUCAAAUAUCGUAUUUUAAAUAAUUUAGUUCAUAUUUUAUUCCAUAGUUAUUGUAAAACGACCAAAUAUUAUAAACAAGAAACAGACAAAAAAAUUGGCUUCACAAGAUGUUUAAUUAAAUAUCUUCAAAAAUGUAAUCUUAAAAAUAAUUAUGUAGUCGUAAUAAUUAUGAAAAUAAUUGUCACAAAAAUAUAUUAAUAUUUUUAAGUAUUUACUACGGAUAUUCAGAAAAACCAAUUUCUUACCCGUAAGUAGCUAAUAUAGCUAAAAUAAAUUUUGUUAACCGUUUUCAAAUAUUCCUUUUUAACUGUGGGUUAACUUCUGUGAUCACUGACCUCUACAUACUAUGAAAAGGUCGUUGCUUAAAAAUAACUGGUCGUGGUUUGUAGACUAAAAUCACAUUUUAAUACAUUUUGCCUUUGUUUUAUUAAACAUUUUAUAAAAAGAUUUUGUUCUCAAAAAGUAUUGACAGUUUAUUUAAUCUAUAUUAGUUCCAAGUUACUCCACCGCCUCCAACCGCGACUGUCAGCGCCAUAAUGGCGUAUAUCAAAUAGGCACAAAACACAAUGACUUAUAGCCUUUGUAUAGAGGUCAGUGGAUGACAGUUUGGAUUGACACAUUCUUUAUCCCUUACACUCUCUUUGUAAAAAACAGAGAGGAAACUAUAUGUCGAUACAAAUGUCAUGACUAUCGUAACUCACAGAGAUAAACCAUCACAGGGUAAAAGAAAAAACCAGAACAUUGUUACAGUUUUUUUUUCUAUUUUGUUACAUUAUAUUUUUUAAUUCGAAUAUUUUUUUUAUGGAAUUCGUAUUAUAUUAUAUAGUAUCGAUAUUUCCGACAAUAAAAUAACGACUAACGAAGUAAUUUAUAUAAAAAACAGAUUCCAAAAUAUUAUUACUGAUAAGUCUUACUCGAAUUUUAUCAAGGUGCUAAUUUCUUUUUUAAAAAUAAUAUAAAAUGACCAGAGACAUAACUAUAACUCAAAAUAUUUUUUAUAACCUACAAUUUAGAGCGAAUAUUAUGUAAUCUAAUUAAAGUCUCUGGUCUAAUGUUUUUUUAUUUCUUUAAUUAUAAUGGUAUAUAUUUAAUUUGUAUAAGCGCGUCCAAAGACGGCGGCGAUCGGAGUCAUGUUUAUUGUAUGUUAUAGAAAAUUAUUCGUUGUAAUAUAUUUAAAUUAAUCGAUGUGUAAUGAGAUAAUAUUGUAGAUAUCAAAUAAAGGUUAUAUUUUUA